AUGUUGACUUGUUGCCAUGGUUCGCAUGAUGCAACUAUAUUUAAUAACUCUAUUCUAAAAACUGAAUGUGAUGCAGGCCAAUUCGGAUAUCGCUGGUUACUCGGAGAUAGUGCCUAUCCAAACAGGCCAUAUUUAUUAACACCUGUUCUGAAUCCAGUUUCUGAAGUUGAACAUAGGCACAAUGAAGCACUCAUUAAAACUAAAAAUACCAUUGAACGAGGAUUUGGAGUAUGGAAAUGUAGUUUCCCUGUUGUAGCUCUUACACUACGUUCGUCAAUACCAAAUAUGCAGGCAGUAAUAAUAGCAACUACAAUCUUACAUAAUAUUUGCAGAAAUCAAUCUCACAGAAAUACCCUCUGA